GCAAUUCUCGUUGGUGAUUUGACAACAUGGCGGAAAUGAAUUCUCGAGGAGGUUCAGAGUUUGCUAAACGAGUCGACCCGAAAAGGGACAAUUUGACCAAGGAGCAGAUUGAGUUCAUGCAGAAAGUCGAGCUGGCUCAAUGGCAUAAAAACAUGCAAAAAAGGAGCGGAAGGAAUGUAAUUACAGGUUUAGCUAUCGGGGCAAUCGUGUUGGGCAUCUAUGGAUACACAUUUUAUUCAGUAUCACAGGAACGUUUUUUGGAUGAUUUGGAAGAAGAAGCAAAAGGUGUUCGAGCAAGAAGUAAUUCUAAGAAUUCAGUAAACUGAAGCACUUAGUUUGCAUAGUUUGUGUAUUUCUGAUUUAUGACUGGUUAAUUUGAACAACUAUGCAACUAUUAUAUAUUAGCGGAAAUUAAACAUCAUGGAUCAUGAUGUACAUUUUUCAGAGUGCACAGAGGCUUUUAUUUUCUGUGUCUGUCUUUGACUGCCUUUAUCCAGAAGUGAUCUUAUGUUAGUCUAAACAAAGGUACAACUUAUUAAAUCUAUGACUUCUGAGACUUGUAUAUGGCAAAAUUAAAUGUAUACAUUUGCUGCUGUAAUAAACUUUGAUUAUAAUUAUCUUUCCUAUCCUAUUGACAGUUUGAAAUGAAAAGUAGAAAAGUUAUGAUUCAUAUUAUGAAAAGUUAUGUCAUGUCCUACUAAUUCCAUCUCAAUGAAAUUGAAGUCCACACUGUGUAAAAACUUUUCAUAGAAUUGAAAAAUUUAGCAUGAAUGAACUGAUAAUGUUGAGCUCCUUGUCAUGAAUAAGUUAUCGGUACCGUACAGGUAUUUAAAUGGAAGAAGCAAAAACCUGCUCAUGUUCUCAAAAGCUGUGACUACAGGAACAUUUUUCACUUUUGUGGCAGGAUACCCAAAUCAAUUUAGUGAUUCCAUUUUUUCCAGUUCCACAGUAGUGUUCUCUUUAAGAUUUUCUUGUUGCCACCGAUUAGCUUUUUCCUCCCGCUGUACAACUCCUGAAUUGUUUACGGAGCAGCUAUAUAUGCAUAGUACUUAUCAUGGAACUGAACUUAUUAACCUUCCAGGCUGCUAUUAAGCUUAACAUGAGUACAGCUCUACAGUGUUAUUUUCAUAAUCAUGUUUUUAAAAUUCUUGUAUGGGAUGUGGGUAUUGCUGGCAAGGCCAGCAGUUUUUGCCCAUCUCUAAUUUUUUUUUGAUUCACGGAAUGUGAGUGUCCUUGGCUAAGCCAGCAUUCAUUGACCAUGACUAGUUUCCCUUGGGAAGGUAGUGGUGACCUGCCUUCUUGAACCGCUGUCACCUAUUUGGCGUAGGUACAUGCACAAUGCCCAGGCAUAUCCGCCCAGGUAAGGAAUUCCAGGAUUUUGACCCAGUAACAUUGAAGGAAUGGUGAUAUAUUUCCAAAUCUAGAUUGAGAGUAGUUCAGAGUGGAACUUUCAGGUGGUGAUGUUCCUAUGUAUCUGCUGCCCUUGCCCUUCUAGAUGGUAGUGCUCAUGGGUUUGGAAGGUGCUAUCUAAAAAGCCUUGGUGAAUUUCUGCUGCACAUCAUGCGGAAGGAGCACACUGCUGCUACUGAAUGUUAGUGGUGGAGGGCAUGAAUAUUUCUGGAUGUAGUGCCAAUCAGGUAAGCGGCUUUAUCCUGAAUCGUGUCAAACUUGAGUGUUGAUGGAGCUGCAUUCAUCCAGGCAAAUGGGGAGUAUUCCAUCACACUUGUGACUUAUAGAUGGUAAACAGGCUUUGGGGAGUCAGGUGCUGAGCUGGUUGCUGCAAGAUUCCUAACCUCUGAGCUUGCUCUUGUAGCCACAGUACUUAUCUGACAAGUCCAGUUCAGUUUCUGGUCAAUGGCAAACACACAGGCUGUUGAUAGUGAUGGAAUUCAGUAAUGGUGAUGCCAUUAAAUGUGAAGAGAUAAAGAUUAUCUUCUCUCUUGUUGGAAAUAGUCAUUGCCUGGCACUUGUUUGGUACAUGUGACAACUUGUCAGCCCAAGUCUGGUUAUUGUAGACUGCUUCAGUGUCUGAGGAAUUGUGAAUGGUGCAGAACAUUGUGCAGUCAUCAACCAACAUCCCUGCUUCUGACUGGAUGAUGGAGGGAAGGUCAUUGAUGAAGCAACUGAAGAUGGUUGGGCCAAGAAGAUUACCUUGAAGAACUCCUGCAAAAAUGUCCUGUAGCUGAAUUGACUGACAUCCAACAACCAUAACCAUCUUCCUUUGUGCCACAUGUCACUCUAUAAACAGAGGUUUCCCACCCUGAUUCCCAUUGUCUCAAAUUUUGCUAGAGUGCCACACUCAGUCAAAUGUGUGACAAAAACAUGUUGGAAGAGAAAGCAGGCUUAAUGUUUCACGACCAGUGACCCUUCUUCAGAACUGAUGGCAGCUCGGAAAAGGUGGUAUCUACGCUGAACACUGGGUGGGAAGGAAAAGUAGUGUGGGGAAGGGCAGAGAUGGAGCGCAGAGGCAAUCAGAACGAAGUUAGGGAGAUAAAUGGAUUUGUGUCUUGUGUCUGUUGCAGUGCACAGCUUGAUUAUGUACAGUAGAAUAAGAUCCUAGAGGAUUGUAUGGCUAGAUGAAGUUACAGAGGUAGGAAGAUAUGAGACCCUGGACCGAUUUGAAAUCAAGGCUGGGAACUGUAGUAAAGAGCACCGAUACAACAGCAACAAGCCUUUUGUCUUUGUCUCUGCUUUAAAAGAAUUAUUGUGCUCUUGCCUCAAACGGCCAAUAUACUCCUCUUUCCACUCCCUAGCAUGGAAAAAGAACUGCAAUCUAAUAACUUUUCUAGAGGCCAGCUCAUCAAGAUCAUUGCCACACUGAUGUUGAAAUUACAUGGUAUUUUCUGUUAAAAGUUUGGGACAUGAUGAACAAUUCUCAAAUUUUACAAUUGCUGAAUAAACUUGAGAAGUGUUAAUGUUGCAU